AUGAUACCUCAAUCCUCCCCUCCCAGCUCUUCACGGGACCAUGUCUGUUUGGUUUGCCAAGACUUUGCCGCUGGCUACCAUUAUGGUGUACCAUCGUGUGUCGGAUGCAAGACAUUCUUUCGACGGACCAUUAUGAAGAAGCAAAAGUACAUUUGCCAAUAUGAGGGUAAUUGUCCAGUGGAUAAAACCAUUCGCUGCGCCUGCCGCUACUGUCGUUUCGAGAAGUGCCUCAACGUCGGUAUGGAUCGAAAUGCCCUUCAACAGAGUCGCGACCCCAUCGGCUACACAAAACGUACAAAACGCCCAAAGAAGGAGAUGAAGAAUGUUGAAGGUUCCAGCGAUGAGAGUAGUGGAUCCACCUCGCUUUCACCGCCACCAAUCUCUCCAACUCUUUCUCCAACUCCGUCUCCAACCCUAUCGCCAACCCUCUCCCCAACCCCAUCCUACACCCCUCUCGUCAUUCCCAAAUCUUCCCGCCGAUGUAUUCUCCAAGUGCUGGAAGAUCGCGAAAAGUGCGCCAACGAUCUUCGUCUCUCCGACUUCCUCCCCAUUCGCUCUCUCUACGAAGCCCUCUGCUCGCGAUCGCUUCUUUCCGAUCCAACGUUCAUGGCGCAAUGGGGACAGCCAUCCGAACGUCAUCAGAUGUACGAAAUGCGAUUCGUCACCCAACAGGACUAUCAUUAUUGGCACGAGAGAGACUGGUUCGUGUUGACCGAGUACGCCAAAACAUUCGACGUUUUCGAGGCGUUGGACUAUCAAGAUAAGGCCGAACUAGUCCGUCAUGCCGCCAUAACCGUCCCAGUCCUAGUGCAAGUAUGGAACUCUCCUGAUUACGGACCAGACACCAUCGUCUUCCCAGAUGGCACCUAUUUCGAUAAGACGCCAGAGCCAACCCGGCCAGCCGGUCUCAACAGGAAAAAGUACCAAAUGCUGGAUCUGGUCCUGAAGCCAUUUCGUGACCUUCAACUUGACGCCACCGAGUUCGCCGCGUUCAAAGCGGUAACGUUUCUGAAUCCAGACGCCGAAAUCACACUUCCUGCGCGCAAGCUGAUUAACAACGAACGCGUCCGCAUCACCAAACAGUUGUACGCCUACAUGGCGACCAAAGACGACGUCGACACGGCCAUCGAAAGAUUCGCACGAUUGGUUCUGAUGGGAACGUCCAUGUCAAAAAUGGCGUGCGAAUCGAAAGAGGCCGUGUGGAUUGCGGACUUUUUCGAGAACAUCGGAUUCUCGACGUUCGCCCGGCAACUGUUUUUCGGUGAUGACGUGACGACGACUAGUGCUUCUGGCAUGAUUCAAUUGUGA